AUGACCCCCCCACCCACCCUCCCCCACUCCAUACUCGGCACCUGGACCCUCCUCGAAUACACCUCCGAGCCCUUCGACCGCAAAGGCCCCACCAUCCACCCGAUGGGCCCCAACGCACGAGGCCUCCUCACCUACACCUCCGACGGCUACAUGACCAUGACCGUGAUGCCGCCGACCGCAGGCAACAAAAUCAAGCAGUCGGUGCACGACGGGGUCAUGUAUACCGGUCGUUACUGGAUCGAUAAGCCCCAGGCGGAUGGGAAAACGGGCGUCAUGUGUCAUGAAGUGCAGAUGGCGUGUCCGGCCGAGUUGGAGAAUACGGUGCUUAAGAGACAGAUUAUGGUUGAGGGGGGGAGGUUGAGGUUGAAGUCGUUGAGGUUUGUGGAUUUGGAGGGGCUUAUGGUUAAGCCGGAGUUGGUGUGGGAGAGGUGUGUUUUGGGUUUGGUGUUUGGGAGUUCUGCGGAUGUUGGGAUCUGGCGUUGGUGCUGGGAUACUUAA